AGCUAAGCUGAAUAAGAGAUACAAAUAACUUCGACCGUGGACUAAUCUUGUUCAUACUGAACGAGGAAACCACGUAACUCAGUGUGUCACUUUACGUUUCUGUUUCGAUAUUUCUGUUCCGAUUAAAAAGCCGUAGCUCUCUUCCCCCACCCAAGGACCAAUCAACCCAAAUACGAAGACGAUGGAGAGAUUAGAUGGGGAUUUUGAGUGGAAAAUAAGUGAAGUUGGCAAUUUGGUUUUACAUUUCCAACAUUCCAUGUCCCAUCGGCGAUGGGAAGGAUGAUAGAUAUAUCAGUGAUUGCCUCAGCUCUCCCAGUCUUCACGACAUGCACCCGAGUAAACGGUUGUCGUCUACCUCGCGCUACUUUUGUUCCGAGUGGUUAGAAAUUAGUGUACCGGUAGUUUAAAAGCCUACCAAGCUUGUCCCAAAAUUCAUCCAUCCAUCCAUCCAUCAAUGGCGUCCUUCCAAUAUUUCACGAUUUCCUUCUCCCUUACGCUAUCCCUUCUUCUUCUUCUUCUCCUCCUGCCCUUCUUGGUCACCUCCCAAAGUAACCGCAACGUAUCACUGGGUUCAUCCCUCACCGCCGCUGCUUCAAACGCUCACUGGGUAUCCCCGUCCGGCGAUUUCGCGUUCGGGUUUGAGCAGGUUGCUGGCACCCAUGAUGAUGGCGGCUACUUGCUCGCCGUGGUGUUGGACAAAAUUCCUGAGAGAACCGUGGUCUGGUCCGCCAAUCGCAACAACUUGGCCCCCCGCGGGUCCAAGGUCGAGCUCACCACCGGCGGCCGCUUGGUCCUCACCGACCCAUCAGGCCGCCAAAUCUGGACUCCCGACACCGGCGAACGAGCAGCUUCCCACGGCGCCAUGCUGGACACGGGCAAUUUCGUACUGGCAGCAGCAGCAGCCAAUGUCGUCUCGUCUAUGUGGGGGAGCUUCCAGGAUCCGACGGAUACUCUGCUCCCCACCCAGGCUCUGGAGCGAGACGCCCAGCUGAUAGCUAAGCAUUCGAAAUCGAAUUACUCCGAGAGCAGAUUCAAGUUCAUCAUGCAGGGUGAUGGGAAUUUGGUGAUGUACACCACACAUUAUCCUGAGUCGCAGGCCGAUGAAUUUGCUUAUUGGGUAACUCGUAAUUACAUACGGGAGAGCUACAGUUUGGCACUCAACCAAUCUGGGUUCCUGAACCUGCUUGCCAGCAAUGGAACCGUGCUCGACACCGUGUUCAACGGUGGUGGAUCUAGCCAAGAUUUUUAUCACCGGGUGACCUUCGAUUACGACGGGGUCUUGAGGUACUACGAGCACCCAAAGAGGAACGACAGUAGCAACGUGUGGCCGAUGAAAUGGGACAGCCUGUAUUUCGAGCCACCGAAUAUUUGCACAGCCGUCAGCGGCCCGCUGGGCAGUGGAGUUUGCGGCUACAACAGUUACUGUGAAUUGGAAGAUGAUAAUCAUCGCGUUUGCAAGUGCCCACCGAAAUAUGUGUUUCAGGACCCAUCCGACGAGAGCAGAGGGUGCGUUCCGGAUUUCGAUCCGGAGGACUGCCGCCAUCCACAGGAAAGCAAUAAUGCAUUCGUUCUUGCGGCGAUGCCCAAGGUGAAUUGGUCCGAAUCUAACUACGAUUCUUUUCCGGCCGAGACAGAGGAUGCGUGUCAACAAUCUUGUCUGAACGAUUGCCGCUGUGCUUUAGUAACCUACAGCAGAGAAACUUGCACGAUGAAGAGAAGCCCUUUGUCCAAUGGAAGAGUGGAAGAUGCAAUGUCCGGGAAAUCGUUGAUCAAGUUAAGGAUAUCUAACUCCUCCACCACCUCCUCGCCGCCAGAAUAUUUUCCAGUUCCAAAGGAGGAGGAGAAAAAUGGGCAAACUUUGUUCGUUGUUGGGUUGGUGCUUUCAGCCUGUGCGACUUUUUUUAUCCUCUUCACUGCCGCAACUUUCAUGCUCCUUACCAGGAGAAAGAAGAUGAAGAAGAAGGAUCGAGAAAGCGGUGUCAAAGACGUUGUUCUCCAGAGACAGAAUGAUUGGUUAUCCAGGAACCUCCAGAGCUUCUCACACUGUCAGCUAGAACUAGCGACGGGAGGGUUCACGGAAGUGUUGGGAAGUGGUGCCUCCGGAACGGUUUACAGAGGUGUUCUGCCGCCGGACCAACAACUCGUCGCGGUGAAAAGGUUGGACAAGGCGGUUAGCGAAGCUCAGGAUCAGGAGUUCAAAACCGAGGUGAAAGUAAUUGGCGGAACUAAUCAUAAGAACUUGGUGAAGCUCAUUGGCUUCUGCAACGAAGGGUUGCAUCGACUUCUAGUUUACGAGUUCAUGAGCAAUGGGUCAUUGGCCGAGUUGCUGUUUGGAGGAGGUCGUAAUUCAAGGCCUAGUUGGUACACAAGAGCGGAGAUAGCUUCUGCGGUCGCAAGAGGACUGUUUUACCUUCACGAAGAGUGUAGUACCCAGAUCAUCCACUGCGACAUCAAGCCCCAGAACAUCUUGCUAGACGAGUCAAUGACAGCCAAAAUCUCGGAUUUCGGACUUGCCAAGCUCCUCAAGGUGGGCCAAACUCGGACCCUAACCGGAAUUAGGGGCACUAAAGGGUAUUGCGCUCCGGAGUGGUUCAAGAACAUGCCCGUCACGGCUAAAGUUGACGUGUAUAGCUUCGGCAUUCUGCUCUUAGAGCUGGUUUGUUGCAGGAGCAAGUUGGAAAUGGAGGCGGAAAAUGAAGACGAAGUGGUUCUUGCCGAUUGGGCAUAUGAAUGCUACCAGGAAGGGCAAGUGUCGAGGCUGGUGGAGAGCGACGACGAUGCAAUGGCUAAUAUUGGAAAGGUUGAGAAAUUUGUCAAGGUUGCGAUAUGGUGCAUUCAGGAUGAUCCGUCGCUGAGGCCUGGAAUGAAUAAAAUCAUUCGUAUGUUGGAAGGCUCUGUUCAAAUUCCUAUCCCUCCAGAUCCUGCAUCCUUCAUGAGCACUGUCUAGAGUCAUUAAUGGUUUCAAGGCAUAUUUGUAAUUCUAGUUAAUUAUGGGGGGAGAUACGAUUACUAGAUAGUCUCCCCCUUGAUUGUGUUAUUUUCUAAGAAAUAUUAUCUUUACUGUUCAAUUCAAAAAGAGAGUGGUGCACAUGGCAUUCUCACUUUAUCAUCUACCUAGUUGUUAUUUUAUUUUUCUUUUGUAUCGUUAUUAGAGGUGGCAACUAGGAUCCAAAUCCAUGAAUCCAAUCCAAUCCAUCCACCAAAUUAUAUGCCUAAUCCAAUCCAUUUUAUCCAAAUCCAAUUGGAUUGGUGGAUUCAUGGAUCAAUCCAUGGAUCCAAAUGGCAAAUUACAAUUUGGUACCUAUAUUUUUUAUAUUUUACAUUUUGGUACCUAAAAUUUAUAUUUUUAUACGAAAAAUAUCAUUGGAAAAUUACAUUUUGGUACCUAAAAUUUUUCAUUAUGACAUUUUAGUACCAGAACUUUUCAAAUUUUACAUUUUGGUCCAAGCCUUGGAUGUCAUUUGGAUUCAUGGAUCAAUCCACCAAUCCAUGAAUCCACCAAUCCAUUGGAUCCAAUCCAUUUGAUCCAUGGAUCCACCAAUCCAAUCCACGAAUCCACGAAUCCGAUUCAAUUGCCACCUCUAAUCGUCAUCAUGAAUCUUUAGUAGAAGUUGUUGAGUAAGUUCUCUUUCAAAAAAAAUUGAAUACGUAUUUUUUGUACGUCCAACUUAAGUACAAGCAAUAUUUUUUGUACAUCCACAUAAUUUGAUCAAAAUACUAUUACUACCCAAAAAAAUAUAUAAUGUAGAGAAAAUUUAUUCGCGGUAGUGAAUAUCUUACCCAUCCUAAUCUAAUCAAAAGGAAUCUUUGCAAUGACUGAAUUUUGCAAGUCUCAUCAGACUUCAGAAAGCUACGGCCUUCACUUCGUGGAAAGCUAGCUAGCUUUCUCUAAUUGAAAUGAAAAGUCAGACGUCAAGGUCAAGUUUGGGGACGGCUUCGAACUGACAUGGAAAUCCUUCGUCUCGUCACCACUGGAUUAUCGAAGAAGGCAUAUGUAAAUGGAUACUCUUUUGGCUUUUCCUCUCGCCGGCAGGCGGCAAUCAAGGGCCUUUUUCUCUUUUGAGACAUGCUGGUAUGAAGCCCAUUAGUUGAUCGUCUGUUCAGAUAAAGGUUCGUGAUUCUG